GGUCGUCAUGGCGGAGGGACGUGCAGAGCUACCGCCUCAGCCGCCGCUUCAUCUAUCUUUCCCCCAUGCCAGCAAGCGACUGUGCUUGCGCCCGGCUCCCCGAGGGCCUGGUCCAGGGCCUGGUCCAGGUUUUCCGAACUCUCGGUUUCGCUGCCCGGAAUCUCUAUUGGACUGUGCGGCAAAGGCUGUAGCGGAGAAAUGGGCCUUUGAGAGGGUGGAGGAGCGCUUCGAGCGGAUCCCAGAGCCAGUACAGCGCCGUAUAGUGUACUGGUCUUUUCCGAGGAACGAAAGGGAAAUAUGUAUGUAUUCGUCGUUUCAGUGCCGCGUCGCCGGCGAAGAAGGUCCGGCGGUAGGAACAGGGGCUCCCGCUGGAUCCGGGGCUGUCCCUGGAGGGGUUACCAGUACGACGGGGGCAGCGGGCACCGGAGAUGGACUGCCUUUCCGUCGGGGCAUUCGGCUUUUAGAGACUGGCUGUGUGGAAAAUGUCUUACAAGUCGGUUUCCACCUCAGUGGCACAGUCACGGAGCCCGCCUCCCAGUCGGAGCCCGAGGUCACCCACAAGGUGGCCAUCAGCUUCGACCGCUGCAAGAUCACCUCGGUCACCUGCGGCUGCGGCAACCGAGACAUCUUCUACUGCGCCCACGUGGUGGCACUGUCCCUGUACCGCAUCAGGAAGCCCGAGCAGGUCAAGCUGCGGCUGCCCAUCUCAGAGACCCUGUUCCAGAUGAACAGAGACCAGCUACAGAAGCUGGUCCAGUACCUCAUCACAGCACACCACACAGAGGUGUUGCCCACUGCCCAGAAACUAGCCGACGAGAUCCUUUCGUCCAAUUCUGAGAUCAACCAGGUCCAUGGGGCCCCGGACCCCACGGCAGGGGCCAGCAUUGAUGACGACAACUGCUGGCACCUGGAUGAGGAGCAGGUCAGGGAGCAGGUCAAACUGUUCCUGUCCCAGGGAGGGUACUACGGCUCCGGGAAGCAGCUCAACUCCAUGUUUGCCAAGGUGCGAGAAAUGCUGCGGAUGCGUGACUCUAACGGUGCCAGGAUGUUGACCCUGAUCACGGAACAGUUCAUGGCCGACCCUCGCCUCUCUCUGUGGCGGCAGCAGGGGACUGGCAUGACGGACAAGUGUCGGCAGCUAUGGGACGAACUGGGUGCCCUGUGGGUGUGCAUCGUGCUGAACCCGCACUGUAAGAGCGAGGAGAAGAGCGGCUGGCUGAAGCAGCUGAAGAAGUGGGGCGACAUGGACAUCUGUCCCCUGGAGGACGGCAACUACGGCAGUGAGUUGCCCAACAUUACCAACGCUCUGCCACAGAGCAACUUCGCCCAGGACUCCCUGGCCCGGCCCAGACGGACCGUGUUCACGCGGGCCAUGGAGGCCUGUGAUCUCCACUGGCAGGACAGCCACCUGCAGAGGAUCAUCAGCUGUGACUACUACAUGUCCCCAGCCUACCAGAGAGAGGGAGAGAGUCUGCUCUUCAACCCCCAGGGCCUGCCUCUAUGGCUAGAUCACGUCCCCACAGCGUGUGCGCGGGUCGAUGCCCUGCGUUCCCAUGGUUACCCCCGUGAGGCGCUGCGGUUGGGCGUGGCCAUCAUCAACACCCUCCGGCUGCAGCAGCACCGCCAGCUGGACAUCUACAAGCACCAGAAGAAAGAGCUGCUUCAGAGGGGGACAACCAGCACAACUAACCUGGAGGGUUGGGUGGGACACCCCCUGGAUCCCAUCGGCUGUCUCUUCACCACCCUCACUGAGACCUGCCGGGUGGAGGACGACAACGCUAUGGACACUGGAGACUCUGGAGAGCACAAGCCCCCGGUAUACCACCACGUGCCUGUGUGGGGUUGCCCAGAUGGUGGGGAGUCCUACCUGGCGCUGGCCCUGGAGGUGGCCCUGAUGGGCAUGGGGCAGCAGAGGGUGAUGCCUGAAGGCCUCUAUGCCCAGGACAAGGUGUGUCGGAACGAGGAGCAGAUCGUGGCCAAGCUGCAGGAGAUGGAGCUGGAUGAUCUGCUGGUCCAGACGCUGAGGAAACAGGCUAUCCUCCUACUGGAAGGAGGUCCCUUCAGUGGCCUUGGUGAUGUCAUCCACAGGGAGAGUGUUCCCAUGCACACCUUUGCCAAGUACCUGUUCUCAGCCUUGCUGCCCCACGACGCAGACCUGGCCUACAAACUAGCAUUGAAGGCCAUGAGGCUCCCUGUGUUGGAGUCGAUGGCGCCCUCGGGAGACUUGGGUCACCCCCACCAUGGCAUCAGCAUCGUGCCCAGCCGAUAUCCCCGCUGGUUCACCCUGGGCCACCUGGAGUCUCAGCAGUGUGAACUGGCCUCUACCAUGCUCACCGCAGCCAAAGGAGAUAUGUUGAGAUUGCGGACGGUGCUGGAGGCCAUCCAGAAGAACAUCCACUCCUCCUCCCUCAUCUUCAAACUGGCCCAGGAUGCCUUCAAGAUCGCCACUCCGGCUGACAACCCCCCAGACAUCACCCUGCUCAAUGUAGCUCUGGAGCUGGGCUUGCAGGUGAUGAGGAUGACCCUCUCCACUCUGAACUGGAGACGCAGGGAGAUGGUGCGCUGGCUGGUCACCUGUGCUACAGAGGUGGGUCUGCGAGCUCUGGUGAGCAUCCUCCAGAGCUGGUACACCCUGUUCACUCCCACCGAGGCCACCAGCAUCGUAGCAGCCACCGUCAUGUCCCACAACACCAUCCUGCGCCUCAGCCUGGACUACCCCCAGAGAGAGGAGCUGGCAAGCUGCGCCCGGACCCUGGCUCUGCAGUGUUCCAUGAAGGACCCCCAGAACUGUGCCCUCUCGGCCCUCACGCUCUGCGAGAAGGACCACAUCGCCUUCGAGACGGCCUACCAGAUCGUCAUCGACGCCGCCUCCACAGGCAUGACGUACUCUCAGCUGUUCACCAUCGCCCGCUACAUGGAGCACCGCGGCUACCCACUCCGAGCCUUCAAGCUGGCCUCGCUGGCCAUGACCCACCUCAACCUGGCUUACAACCAGGACACCCACCCGGCAAUCAACGACGUGCUCUGGGCCUGCGCCCUGUCCCACUCGCUGGGCAAGAACGAGCUGGCUGCCAUCAUCCCCCUGGUGGUGAAGAGCGUGCACUGCGCCACCGUGCUCUCGGACAUCCUGCGUCGCUGCACCAUGACGGCCCCGGGCCUGGCCGGUAUCCCCGGGCGACGAAACUCUGGGAAGCUCAUGUCCACGGACAAGGCUCCGCUCCGGCAGCUGCUGGACGCCACUAUCAGCGCCUACAUCAACACAACCCACUCCCGGCUCACUCACAUCAGCCCCAGACACUACGGAGAGUUCAUAGAGUUCCUCAGUAAGGCCAGAGAGACCUUCCUACUGGCCCAGGACGGACACAUCCAGUUUGCCCAGUUUAUAGACAACCUCAAACAGAUCUACAAGGGCAAGAAGAAACUCAUGAUGUUGGUACGGGAACGCUUCGGCUGAACCCCAACAGGACGGGCAAUAUAGGAUCUACUUUUAGCACUACUUACUCAUUUAUUUAAGUUUUCAUACAUUUUCUCUUUUUUUGUCAUUCUUGUGGCAAAUUCUGUAUGUCUGUUUUUGUUUAUGUCUUUUUAUUUUCUCGUGAGCAGCAACCACUGUUUGUUUUAGUAUGAAAAAGAUUGUGAUGAUGAUGAUAAAAUCGUUGAGGUGGCACAUAAUGAAAAACCAAAUGAUGUACGGGGUGUUUUGAGCCAGGGAAUGUCUGCUGUCUGCUGUGGGGAGUUACUAGUGGGGUUUGAAGGAGAGAGAACUUGUCAUUCCAAAAACCAGAGAUGUGGACUUGAGUCACGGGACUUGGGACUGUUGUACUACUCUAGUCACACAUUUUGCGACUUGAGACUUGACAAAAAGAAAAAAUACUUGCCACUCGACUUCGACUGGAACGUCUAUGACUCGUGACUUAACUUGGACUUCAACCGUAUGACUCGAGAGACUAGAUUUGUCAUCUCACCCACUAUGUUAGGCUCUCUGUCCUUUAUAUCGGAGUGCUGCAGGUUUUGUGUCUUGACCAAUCAGAUUCACGGAAAUCACAGGUUACGCAGGCCGGGCACAAAGCACUUCCUCUAGCAAAGCUCGCGCCGCUCCGCUGUCCUCCGAUAUUUAUUUAGCAAACGUGACAACGCAUCACUCCUGACAUACACAAGCAAGAACUCUUUACAGAAAUGUUGCUGCAGCCGACACCUAAACUGUAUGGGAUGAAAAUGAGCCUGAUCAACUAGGCUACUGAUAACAAGCGCAGCUGCAUAGGCUACAGCCAAUGCGCCCUCUACCCCUUUGCCCUCUGGCCAGGGUAAACGAAGUGGUUAAGUUAUGUAGCCUAUGUAUAGCCUGCUUAUUUAUGGUUUAGGCUAUAUUCAAACUUGGGCUGGCUGGCUAGGCUACCUUCAAUUUGUAAGUCGCUCUGGAUAAGAGCGUCUGCUAAAUGACUUAAAUGUAAAUGUAAAUGUACCUUGACCUUCUCAAUCCACAAUGAUUACCUGAAAUGAAUCAAACAACACAAUACUGAUUACAUGAAUAUACUGCGUGAGUUACUUUUUAAUUACAGUUGCUUAGGCCUAUACGAUGCAAAAAUGCAUAAAGCAAGCUCAGCCCUGUGAGUUCUAGUGUCCAAUUGCAAUGGUUGUGUCUGUGUAAAGGAACGUUGUCAAAUCGAAUUAAUAUUAACAAGUACAAGGUUGCUGCAGUUUGACAGGGUUUUCAUCCUCCCUAGGGCCAGGUGUUUUCCCAGAAAUGUUCAAACAGUUUGGCCUGUUUAGAACAUAUCUGUAUACCUAGGUGGCAGGUAGCCUAGUGGUUAAGCGCGUUGGGACAUAAACUGAAAGGUCAUUGGUUUGAAUCCCUGAGCUGACUAGGUGAAAAAUCUGUUGAUGUGCCCUUCAACAAGGCACUUAACCCUAAUUGCUCUGUUUAAGAUGGUCUGCUAAAUGACAGAAAUGGUCCCACUUCCAUAUGAAUACCUUUUUACAACUACUAAUGAAUCACUUUCAGCCACUGACAGGGUCCUGAUUUAUACCUGGUUAGAUGACCAGAUUAGGAAAAGCUCCAAGCCCCAGGGAAAAUAAUCUGCCCCACCACUCUGGGACCUGUGGUGCGCCUCUGCAUCAGGGCCUAAUAGGUCACAAACAUCAUUGCAUGUGGGUCCAAUCUCACUGAUGCAGUUGCAAUGAAAUUGGGAUAAACCACUUAAUAAUUGAUUAAAAGACUCAAAACCCAAAAUUAGGGACCUGAGCUGUGGAACUUGCCCAUUAUUAUUUGUGACUUGAGGUUAAGACUUGAGACUUGCUUAGGACUUCUGACUUGGUCCCAUCUCUGCCAGAAACACUGAAGCACAUAGUUUUAACUUACUGUCAUACCUCGAUCGUAUUCCAAGGACCAGCUUUAAAGUUUCCCUGUUAAAAGGCCUCGUUUCAAGGCACUGUGUUUGUAGGAGGUGGAAUGUGUAUCCCAGGGCUCAGUGCCCUAAGUCUAAAUCUACCAGAUUCAUCAGGCACAUACAGAGUCCUCAGACAUGACCAAGCCUCUCACCCUCUCCCACAUGUAUUCUCCUCCUUCCUUGGGUGUAGCCUGAUCGAUUUGUCUGGUAUCUUGUAUUAUUUCUAGCGAAGGUACCUUUCAAAAAGAGCGAAGCAUACAGAGAGAGAGAGCCGUGUUGCUUCAGAUUGGUAUUAGAUCAUGGCGAGAUUGAUUGACUGGCCUUGUUGCCUGAGAACGAUACUGCCACUGUGGAUCUUAGACUGUGAGGUGGAGUGCCUGGUGUUGUCGGGAUUUGGGGUUGUAACAUACAUGUUGAAAUACCAUUGCUGAAAAACAUCCUGUAUCUUUCAAAACAAAGCGUGUAUGAACGCGUACUUUUAAACAACAUGCGUUGGUGUAGACAGUUGGUGUUUAGUAUUCCACAUACAACCUUAACUAUACGUAUCAACCUCUCAGACCCUGUGGGAAAGUGUUUUUGAUAUGGCAGUGACUGCUUGACAUUUAGCAGUAGUACUAUUGUUAGACACAUUUCAUGUACUCAACACCAUUCUGUCUGCUUGGAGCAAUUAUUUAUCGAUCAUUAGAAUAAUCUGUGUGUGAAUGAAUACUAUUAAUACAGACAUAGACAGCAUAUAAUUAUAUUUAAUAUACAAAAAUAGGAAUAUUAGACAGAAGGAAGACACAUUUUGAGACUAUGAAAGCCGUUCCAUGUCAGCUUCCACAUUCCAUUGUUGCCACCUCUACCAAGCUCGGCAGGUGGUCUGGGGCCGCAGAUGCACUGUCUGUCUGGAGCUGGGGUUGGAAGUAAUAUGGUCAAGAAAGGAUGAGGAAAAACAAAAUAAAAGAGACGAGAUGCUAAACUCAGUUCUCAGGGAAUCACUUCAAGAAACAAAAACAAAAAAGUAGUAGCAUAAGCAUUUUAAGAUAUUGUAAAUAUAAAAGUGUCAAUUCAGAAAAUUGUAAAGUUAUAAUUAUUUAUGAUAACUGUAUGUUUUAGUUUUUUGGGAUACUUGAAUUUGUUGUGGGCUGGGAAUGUGAUGACAGUAAGACUAAAAGACUUCAAGACAUUUCUCAGGUGCUCCUGUGUACAUUUUUCAGAAUUUGUGUUUCAAUGUUUUAUUUGUAUGUUUGGUUUAGUUUUUGCAACGUGUUUUCUAAGAGGAAGCACGUCAUUUCUAAAUUUGGGGGGAAAAGAAGGCAUACCAUUGUGUACAGAAAGCAACCUGACUAUGCAGAAACCACUUGGUGGUUUGGUCCCCUUCUCCGGAGUCACCCAGACGAAUGUCUGAGGGGGGCUAGCCACUAUCCUAGAGGGGACAGACAAGGCACGACACGGCAUGUUUGUAUUUGUACCGAGCCUGCACAUGCUGCAAUUUGGGACAGACUUUGCCUUUGACCGAUCAAUGUACGAUGACUUUCUUUGGACUUAAGCCUUUAGUGUCUUCUCAAAGUACCUGUGUCAGGGCCUGACAUGGCAAUGAGAGUUUAGGGAGAACAACAGUCCAAAAGAAAUGAAAAUAAAAACCCUGCAUGCCCUACAUCAAGGAAGGAACUGGCAGAUAAUAUGAAUGGGUGUCUGUGUGCCCUCCCCCAAAACAUCCUCUCUUAUAUUUCUUCAUGAUUUUAAGCCUAUUGAGCAGUCGAGUUAUUCUGCUCCAUCCUUGCUUCCAUUUCUGGUCUUAAUUCCUUUUUAAAAUAUAUUUUUCUCUCGCUUUUGCAACAUCCUCUGUUUUUUCAUUCACUAGCUACCGCACUACUUGAACCUGAGAGGACAGGAGAGGACAAAACAAGCAUUUUUUUUUCAAAUGUGAUGGAGAUGCUUGCAUUUUUACAGACUAUUGCAGGUUAAUGUAAAGCUGCCUGUUUAUAUACACACUUCAAACAACAAGCAUUUUCCCAUCGCUGAAGUAGUUGGUCCUACGGCAUUGCAAAAAAAAAAAAGAAAAACAAAUGGAGAAAAAACUCCUCUGGCUUCAUUUCUUUCUUUCCCAUACUCGUUGUCUAUAUGUGUUAACUGUACCAGUGUUUUCACCUGUCCCUAGAAUUUAGAAGGAAAUAAUAAUCGCUGGUAGAGCUUGUUCGCUAGUUCAUCUACUGUUUGAUUUUGAUUUAAGGGAAAGUGUUUGUUGCCUCUUUGUGCUACUGAUUUAUAUAAAAGGUAUCCAGUAUUUGUUGCCACAAAAGUAUAGUUCAUCAACACUUUUUGUUUGUGCAACCUCUUGAGCAAAUGUCUUUCAAACAAAAAUGUAUGACUAUUUAUGUAACGCUACUACCAUUUUAUAUCAUUUGUGUUGGAAUCUCAGUGCUUUUCUAUGAAUAAAGUGUGAAACACGUA